CCGAAGUCCAGGUUGCCUGACAACUCGCACCAUGUGCUAAGUUUGAUAAUACAAGUCUUUCUAGUAUCAACUGUUUUGUCUACAGCUUCACAUAAAUUCAUUCGUACAGACAAUUCCCUCCGAACGCAAAGAAUAAGCACGGUCUACGCAACAGUUGAGAAGCUCGCCAUGCGCUCCCCACACCUCACGCAGCUACGCAAAUGGAUGCUAGAAUCACCGCCGGUGGAAUGGGGGAUAAAUCAUGUUCGAGAACUCUUGAUUGGAGCUAUGCGACAAGGUCCAAUACCACAGCAUGUUGCGUUCGUGAUGGAUGGGAAUAGACGUUUUGCCAGGAGCCAUAAGAUCGAGACAGUUGAAGGCCAUAAUUUGGGAUUCGAAGCUUUAGCCAGGAUACUCGAGGUCUGCUACAAGUCCGGAGUCAAGGUGGUUACGGUCUAUGCGUUCAGUAUUGAGAACUUCAAGCGGUCCAAAUAUGAGGUUGACGCUCUUAUGGAGAUGGCCAAAAUCAAGCUGUUCCAAUUAUCUCAACACGGGGAGUUGCUGGACAGAUAUGGAGCGAGCGUCCGAGUGUUGGGCCAACGGGACUUGGUCAAGGAGGACGUCUUGGAGGCUAUUGACAAAGCCGUGGAGUUGACGAAACAUAACGGGGACUGUGCCCUCAAUAUCUGUUUCCCAUACACAUCCAGGGAUGAGAUCACCACGGCGAUCCGAACUACCGUGGAAGACUACUCAAAACCACUACCUGCACAUGCACGGCCAUUCUCUCAGACACGUAUCACACAAAAAAUCCGGUCACGAAAUCUCAGCACUUCACCUCUCCGCGCCAGCUCACCUACGCCUUCCAGUACGUCCGACGUCGAUGACUCCAUAUCAUCCUCCACGACAUUAAACCCAGAGUCACCGCCAAAUGACAGCAGAGAGAGCGCUGUGUACCUGGAUCCCGAGACGAUUACCUCAGAUACAAUCGGAGGCCACAUGUUCACGGCCAACGAUCCACCACUGGAUCUUCUUAUUCGCACGAGUGGGGUCAAGAGACUAAGUGACUUCAUGCUAUGGCAGUGUCACGAGGACACCGAAAUCGUGUUCCUAGAUUGCUUGUGGCCCGAGUUCGAUUUAUGGCAGUUCUUGCCGGUUUUGGUCGAAUGGCAAUGGAGGCAGAAACAUAUCGAGGACAAGUCAUCGAUUAUCGGAGUCAAGACCAUGAAGACGAAGAUCAGAUAG